AUGGACAGGGAUGAAGAACAAAUAGUAUUUGCUCAACCCAAGGAAGCUGGCUUUUCAUUCAGCCACAAUAUCAAUAGUCAUUUGGCCAGACUCUCCACUGUCAGAAACACAAUCCCCACUCCCGACCCCGCUCUUGAGGAGAAGGCCUGGUGUGCCCUGGAUAACUGGGACAUGAGUGCCACUGUCCAGGGCCAGAUUAAGAUGUCCAUCAAUGAAGUGUGGCGGGAGGCGGUGUCACUCUGCUGCAGCUCCCUUCUGCAGCAGGCAGGAGUGAGGCUGUUAAUAGGCAUGACGGUUAUUAACGCCGCGCUUGCCAAGCCCGCUUCAGACUUGAAGUUUCCUUUGACAACAGAGGCAAGUGGAUGUGCUGACGCCGCUCAGGUUUGGAAACCGCUGAUGGGUUUGUGGGAAAAGCCAGGCUCCGCUGGGCAAUUGCUGCACGCCCAGAGGCUGCUCUCAUCCAUGUCCCUCUCUGUCAGGCCCGGAAACAGAGAGCUUCCCCCAGGCACCCCGGUCUCUUAAAUGGCCGCCCCCCCCCCCCACCACCACCAGACUGGGACUGAAUCCAGCCCCACCCACUUGGGGAACACAUGCUGGUGCUCUCCUCAGGAGCCUGUGGGUGGGUGCCACUGAAGAGGGGGCACUGGCCAGUCGCGGCAGCCUGGGGUGGAACGACAGCUGUUGAAGGCAGGACCCGCGCUUUCUGGCCGAGGGUGUGUGUGUGGGGUGGGGGUGGGGGGUCCUGCCAACUCUGAGGGAGUACUCAGGUGCGGCUCUGUGCAGGCCCAGGGCUCUGUGACAAGCCACUGCCUUGCAGCCCUCCCCUGCGUGCAGGAGCUUUUGCGCUGCCAGCCCAGCAGGAGGCGCUCCCUGUCAGAGCAUCACCAGGGAGGCCUGGCCCGCGCUGGCGCCCCUGCCCCGGCGGGGCCAUUGGUGGCGGCCAGACCCAGAGGGAGCUGCUGCCGCCCCUGCCUUCGCUUGCCGCUGCCUAGGCUGAACUCCUUGCCCUUACCUUGUCCUGGGCCAGCCCCUGCUGGUGAAGCUCUUCAUCAAAUGAGGCCGCUCCCCUUGUGCCUGCGGUCCCCAGUUAGCCUCCCCCACCCAAGCCCGCGUCCCUGUCUAGCAACAAUAAAGUUGUGUGUUUUGA